CAGGACUUCACUUUCCUGCUCUCAAGUGGCUUACCGCGAUCCUUCUGCGUGACUAUGAAGUCCCAGUCGUAUUACUAACGACUCGACUACCUCACCUAAGUAAUCAUACGAACUGACUAUCCCACCAGUGUCGCCUCAAUGGUGACUGCUUCAGAGUGAGGAUAGUAUUUGUCAAAUAUGGCAAGAGUAUCCCGAACUGCCAGAGUAUAUAAGACACUGUCACGGCGCUUCAAUUCACAAGUAUCAUCUCCAUCAACUCAACACAGUAUCGCAAUCAUAUCUCAGAAGAAACAAAUUAGUCUUCAAAAUGCAACUCACCAGCAUCGCCAUCAUCCUCUUCGCCGCAAUGGGCGCCAUUGCAAACCCCAUCGCGACCGAGUCGGACGACCUCCUUGCCCGGGACGCGCAGCUGAGUAAAUACGGCGGAGAAUGCAGCCUUGAGCACAACACCUGCACAUACCGAAAGGAUGGAAAGAACCACGUCGUCAGCUGUCCUUCGGCUACGAAUUUGAGGUGCAAGACUGAUCGCCACCACUGCGAAUACGAUGACCACCACAAGACGGUGGAUUGCCAGACUCCUGUUUGAAUCAGUUAUCAGCACUCUGGGCUGUUUUGAAUAUUUCUCUGGCUUGUCAUAGGCAUGAGACUUUAUCGUGCCUUUCAACAAUGCCGAUGGUCUUGUGUCAAUAUGGGCUGGGGUCAGCUGUGGGUUUCUAUGUUGGGAUUGGUUACGUUGCUCAUCAGCAAUCAUUGUUGUUAUCGCGCUCGUUUGGUAUCUAGCUAGCUCUACCUUUAUCUGAAAGUUGUUCGUUCAUUAUAGAAAGCUUGCAUCGUAGCUUAAUGACUAUUUG